AUGGUGACAUCAUCCCCGUAUUAUCGUUACUGUACAAACAGGGAUGUGAAGGCAGUGGAAUUACUGAAAAAUCUAAAAAUAAGUGAUUUGAAGAAGCUUGUGAAUGAGAAACCGGAUAUUGAUGAAGACGAAGACGAAAGCGAAAGUAGCGAGAGCGCUGUCGAAGAGGACGAUGAUGACGAAGAAGAAUCGGAGAGUUCUGAUGAUUCAUCGAGCGAGGAAAACGACUCUGAAGAAAGCGAAAACAGUGAUGAAAAUGAUGACGAUGAUUCGGAUGUAAAUGAUGACGAUGGCGAGGAAUCGGACAAAAAUGGCAGCGACAGCAGUGAAGCAGAAAGCGACAGCGGUGACGAUAGCAACGAUGACAAUGAUAGCAGUGAUGAAGAUAAUGAAGAGAAAAGAGAUAAUGAAUAUGAUCAGGACGAAAGUGACGAUAGUGAAGACAGUGAUACCUCUGAGGAAGACGAAUCAAGUGAGGCAAGCGAUGAUGAAGACACGGAGAAUGGUGAUGAUAAGAGAAAAAGAAAAAAGAAAAUGUUUACUUUAGAGCCUGAUAAUAGUAGUAGUAGUAGCGAGUCGUCUGAUAACGGAUCCGGAAGUAGUGAAAAAGAAGACAAAGAUGAAAGCAGUGAUUCCGACGUCGAUGUUGAUAAGGAUAACAGCGACGAACUAAACGAGCUGGUCAGUGACAGACUCCGAGAAAAAGUCCUCAACUCACCGCGCAUCAAAUCCCGCGAGAGGGCGCUGUUACAGGCUUUGAAGAAAUUCAAGGUUCUUUAACUUGAGCGGGAUACAUAAUAUAAUAUAUACGCCAUAAGUCGACGGUCUACGUUUCCACCUUCUUAGCUUUCUUUUAAGCAUGAACUUCGAUAUUGAGCAGCGACACGUACACAGUACGUUGUAAGACUUGACACGGUGAAGUCUGACUGUUUACUGUGCAAUUCAUUAUCAGUGCCCGGAAGUCGGCUGUUAUUGUUGUUGUUCUCUAAUGUUAUAAAACUUAUUACAUUUGUGUUGUCGUACAAAUAUAGUUGAACAUGUUGAGAAGCAAUAACAUAAAUAUGUAUCCAUACACUAUGUACGCCUUAAGACCUCUAUCCACGUUAUUAUUGGUUAUAUGUCCUUUGUAAGUGUCUUCGUGCUGUGUUGUUAUGUUACUGCACAGAACCAGUAAAUAUAUAUAUAGGUCUCCCGAGUCUACGGAAUACUGCACGACACCAGUAAACAUAUAUAUAGGCUCCCUAGUCCGCGGAAUAUAACAUGAUGCGUAUUGUCACGUUAUGUUCACCUUUCAAGCUGCCUAAUAUUAUGUGUGCUAUUGAAUUGUUAAAUCGAUAUAUACCAAUAAAAGUAUUGUAUGUUCUUAAAA